UGCACCUGACUUUUUUCCCGACAUUUCAACCAUUAAGCUCCGAGAGUUACAUUUUACUUUAUUUGUUUUAUGGCAAUCUUGGUGAUCGUGACAGAAAACGUUAUCGGACGGACAUAUAAUUCUGGACGUUGGACAAAUAUCAUUCUGGAUCCCGAUUCAAGCAACGAUUCGAGUGAAUUGAUUAGUAAUCGUGACAUUUCAUACCCGGGGAAACGUAACGGAGCUCUGAGAUCUCUAGAAAAAAUGCACAUUUCGCCGAGGGACUUGUGUGCGCUGAGCAACCCUUGGCAGUGGUUUUGUCCUUGUGAGACUCAGUAUGGAAUUGUUGAUCUUGGGAUCGGUCAUUACCCUCAAUACUUUACCAGUGCUCAAUGUAUUCAAAAACCUUGUCAUGGAAAAUUCAACCCCUGUAAAUUAAUUCAUUAUAAGAUGCACGUCCUGAGUCCAAGAGAUAUAAAUGACAUUAACAUUGACGCCGAGGAGUCGUACAUCCAGCAACCGAUUCUCCCAGAAUCUCUUCGCUCAAAAUGGCAAUUAAAACCCAUAACGGUACCAGUUGCAUGCAUCGCUCCUAACGAGGGAAGAAAUAAUUAAACAAACGAAUGUCGUAUUGUGAUUCAUGGAAUGGAAUAUCAAGUGAAAUGAUUCUAAACUGGCGAAUAAAAAUAACCGAUAAAAAAUGGUACUCCGAUCUGAUUACUAUGCAUACAAAUGUUAAAUUUGAUAUCCUUUUUUGUUCUGUUGAAAUAAAUUGCCGACGAAAAAUAGCCACCGACGGACCAACUUAAUGGGAAAAAAGUAAUAAAUAAAAAAUAAAUAAAUCAAUAAAUAUGAAUGUAUAGAUGCAGAUAUAUAUAUCGAAAAAAAAUAAAAUAAUAGAUAAAGAUGCUUUUAGAAAUGAUUCGUAUCGUGACUAUUUUAACAUUUAGGAGCUAAAGAGACGACCACGUUCUACGUGCUCGGAGUUUUAUGCUCUCCGAUCUUGAUUUCCUCUUUUGUUUUUGUUUUUUAUUGAUGAUCGCUAUUGAUUUAUCAAUGCCGCGAUAUUUCACCUGGAGUCACAUUAGAAACUCAUUUUUUUCUGAAUGUAGACUGAUAAAAAAACCUUUUUAUAUAAACAUGAUGAGCGUAU